AUCACUUUCUUCUUUGUCUAUUUUUUCGUCUCUGAAAAUUUUUUUGACAAGAAAUGCAGAAAUUUAUCCUUUUUCAUGAAUCGUAAUUCGUGAGGGCGAACAAAUCUCAUUGCAAAAAUCGAAUUCAAAAUUCUAAAUUAUAACCCCUACAAAACGUACGCGCUAAAUGUUGAUUCGUCAAGCGACAAAAUUUACCUUCGCACUAUGUGAAUCGCAUUUAUCAAGGCAAUCGAAUAUAACAACGCAAGGCAUCAAAUUCAAACAACGUUUUAUACACAACAGCAGCAGUAGCAAUAACAUAAGAAGCACAACUUUAAGUAUGGAAGGAACAUGCGUAAACAAAAUCCCAGUCAAGAAACCAAAGGAGUUCGAAAACCUAACCAGGUUAACUAUCGCAAAGUCGCAACAGGACAGUCGAGAUUAUCGUGGUCUUCAAUUAGACAAUGGCAUGAAGGUGUUGCUCAUCAGUGACCCGAAGACGGAUGUCUCUGCUGCAGCUCUAUCCGUGGAAGUUGGUCACAUGUCCGACCCCGAUAACUUACCUGGUUUGGCUCAUUUCUGUGAGCAUAUGCUUUUCCUUGGCACCGAAAAGUAUCCAAAUGAGAAUGGUUAUGCAAUGUAUGUGUCUCAAAAUAGUGGUAGCUGCAAUGCAGCCACAUACUCGCAUAUGACCAAAUAUCAUUUCCAUGUUGCAUCAGACAAACUUGAUGGAGCUUUGGAUCGUUUUGCUCAGUUCUUUAUUUCACCAUUAUUCACUCCUAGUGCUACUGAUCGUGAAAUCAAUGCUGUCAAUUCAGAGUAUGAAAAGAAUCUUUCAAGUGAUAUCUGGAGAGUGAGGCAAGUUAACAAGCAUCUGGCUAAGCCAAAUCAUCCAUAUAGUAAAUUUGGAAGUGGUAAUAAGAAAUCGCUGUGCGAUGUACCCAAAAGUAUGGACAUUGAUGUUCGAGAAGAACUCUUGAAAUUCCACAAGAAAUGGUAUUCGUCUAAUAUAAUGAGUCUUGCUGUUGUUGGAAAAGAGUCGUUGAAUGAAUUGGAAGAUAUGGUUAUUUCAAAAUUCGCUACCAUCGAAAACAAAAAAGUUGAACUGCCAGUUUGGCGAGGAAAUCCCUUUGAUGACAGUCAGUAUGGUAGGAAAUUGCUGGUCACACCAGUCAAGGAUAUAAGAUCGUUGACAAUUAGUUUCACCACAGACGAUCUCAGCGAGCACUACAAGUCUUCGCCUGAUAGUUACUUAAUUCACUUGGUUGGUCAUGAAGCAAAAGGUAGCAUUCUUUAUGAACUCCGUAAACGUGGUUGGUGUAAUGAUUUAAUUGCUGGACACAAUAAUACAGUUCGAGGAUUUGGCUUCCUGGAAAUUGUUGUUGACCUAACACAGGAUGGCAUGGAGCACAUCGAUGAUAUUGUCCAUAUUAUAUUCCAGUACAUUCGAAUGCUACGGGAAGAAGGCCCCCAAAAAUGGAUUUUCGAUGAAUGCUGCGACAUUAAUAAGAUGCACUUUAGGUUCAAGGACAAGGAUUUGCCAGAAAAUCUGGUUACUAAUGUGGUUGCUUCUAUGCAGAUGUAUCCACUAGAAGAAGUUUUGACGGCACCGUACCUUACCAACGAAUGGAAUCCGGAGCUUAUAACUAGCCUCCUCAAUGAAUUGGUACCGGAGAAAUGCCGCAUUAUAAUUGUGAGUCAAAGUUUGGAGCCACAAGCUUUGAAGAGUGAACCUUGGUAUGGCACCAAAUAUGAUACAGUGGAAAUCGAUCCCGAAACAAUCAAACGUUGGAGUAGCUGCGAGCGCAAUGAAAACUUAACUCUGCCUGCCCCAAAUGAUUUCAUUCCAACUGAUUUCAAUCUAAUGCCACUCGACCCGGACAUGGGUAAGAACCCGCUGGUCAUUUUGGACACACCGAUUCUUCGCGUCUGGCACAAACAAGAUGAUGAGUUCCUGACUCCCAAGGUUGCAAUGAAUUUUGACUUCUCCAAUCCAAUGGUUUAUUCCGAUCCACUUAAUUGCAAUCUUAAUCGAAUGUUAGUUGCAUUGCUCAAAGAUCAACUCAACGACUAUCUUUAUGACGCUGAAUUGGCUGGUUUGAAAUUAGAAAUUAUGAAUACUUCAUCGGGAAUAAGUGUAAAUAUUAAAGGUUACAAUCACAAACAGGACGUUUUGCUUGCCAAAGUUUUGGAUCAUCUUUUCGAUUUUAAAAUCGAUGAGAAGCGUUUUAAUAUAUUGAAAGAGGAUUAUAUAAGAUCGUUGAAGAACUUCAAGGCAGAGCAGCCAUUCCAACAUGCUAUUUAUUACCUGGCUCUGAUACUUACUGAGAAUGCAUGGUCUAAAAAUGAAUUGCUUGAUGCAAUGACAUUGGUUACAAAGGAACGUGUUGAAUACUUUGCUAAGGAAUUCUUCUCGAGAUUGCAUACUGAGUGCUUCAUUUAUGGUAAUGCUACCAAACAACGUGCUCUCGAUAUCUCGAGUAUUAUAAAUAAGAAGCUUGAAACGACAAAUUCUAUAAUACUGCCACUGUUAGCGCGACAAAUGUUAAAGAAGCGAGAGUACAAAUUGUGUAAUGGGGAAAGCUAUUUGUUUGAGAACACCAAUGAGUUCCACAAGACUUCUUGUGCAGAGUUAUAUUUGCAAUGCGGUCCACAAAAUGAUCGAUCAAUGGUGUUGGUGGAUCUUGUCUCACAAAUUCUUACAGAACCAUGUUACGAUGUCUUAAGAACAAAGGAACAACUUGGUUAUAUUGUUUUCUGUGGUUCUCGAAAAGUAAACGGUGGAACUGGUCUGCGAAUUUUAGUCCAAUCAACAAGACAUCCAUCGUAUGUUGAGGAUCGCAUUGAAAACUUUAUUGAAGACAUUGUGAAAAAAGUUGAAGAGAUGCCUGCUGAUGAAUUCGAAAACCACAAAGAAGCACUUGCCAACAAGAAAUUAGAGAAAGCCAAGAGUUUUUGGGUGCAGUUUUCGCAACUCUUCAAUGAAAUCACUCUCAGUCAGUAUCAUUUUGAUAGAUCCGAAACUGAAGUGGCUAUCUUACGAAAACUCACAAAGGAAGAAUUAAUGGAAUAUAUGAAAGCUCACAUUAGCCGCGAUGGUCCAGAACGCCAUGUUCUCUCAGUGCACAUCGUUUCGACGCAAUUUGACAAAGAGGCUGACGCUGCAGACUUAACCAAUAUGGAGCGUCAUACUAAAUUAAACGAUUUAUCAGCAUUCAAAUCAAGCAAAGAAUUAUAUCCAGUAGCUAGGCCGUAUUUGGAUAUUAGAUCCAAGGGUGCUAGAAGCAAGUUGUAAAUUAAAUAUAUAGUUUUUUUUUUAAACUGUUUAUGGUUUUUAUGAUCAGUUUUGUUUUGUUUUUCUUUUUUUAACAAAUAAAAUUAAACAAUAAUUAAAGUUGCAUUAUUUAGGAAAAUUUUUAACAGCAUGUAUUAAAUGAAAAGUUUGUAGUACACUUUUUUUGCAUAUAUAACUAAAAUAUCAGUACCUACAAAAUUCAUAGUUUUAUCUUCUUCAUUUUAAAAAACAAAAAUAGAAAUAAAAAAUCAUAAAUAUAGAGAUA